AUGUUUAACGCCGAUCGUCUUCGCGAUGCUGUUGUUCCUGAGGGACAGUCACCAAAUACGGCUGGCCCAGUAAGUCAGCAGGUGGACGAUAUCCUUGUAACCUUAAGGAUAGGAUUAAUGAUUUCCAAACUCAUCAUUAUACUGAUUUUUGAUAAGCUCACGGACACGGCAGUCGUGUUUCGGAGGAUAUGCAGUUACUGCCGUGACAAGGAGGUAUACCAGUAUGGACACAAUUACGUCGGUUUCUAUCAGAAACAAAACAACGGUCCUCUAGAAGACUAUCCUUGUGUCAAUGAUCCAGGAAAAGUGAUGAAGUGCUCCACGUCUUGCAUGCAAACGCAAAUCAUCCAAAAAACCGGCCAAACUUUCACAUAUCGUGAUUGCGGGACAUACCUUCUUCAAGAAUUUGGGAACGAGAAAUUCAACCUGUCUUACACGCAAUACGCCAUGAUCCUGACAGACGUCGAUGAUGAAGGUAACAGAUGGAUUUUCAAGUUUUGUAACAAGGAAAAAUGUUUGCAUCCAUCCGACUACAACGUUUCUGAUGAAGAAGUCAAGAAAGGUGAAGAGGCAGUUGAAAUCAGCGCAACUGAGGUAGCAUGCCCUAAGCAGGAGUCUUCGAACUAUACUGUGCUCAUAUUUGCUGGUGCACUUGUGGUAUUUGGUAUUAUGCUACUUAUGAAGAUUUACCACAGAUGGAAAGCAAUUUGUGACAAUAGCACUUCCAGUCCAAUUUCUGCUCGACUGAAUGUGACCAGUGAUGAGCUCCUCAUCGAACAACGUCAAUAGAUCAUCACACAUAGUUCGACGAAAUCAUUUUUUAUCGACUUGUCUGUUCUGGCUAGUUGGAUCCAACUCUAUUAACCUGGCAUUUUCAACUGUCUGUACCCGAAGUUCUUCAUCUCUCAGCUUUCACCUGCAAAGAUGUAGUUAUGUGUAGUUUUUUUAUUUUCAAGUACGGGUAGAUUAGCACG